CCCCGCGCCGGGGAGCCGCGCGGGUGCGCUCCGGCCAGCUGUGCGCCGCCGAGUGAGGCGCCAGCCCGUGGGUGCUGCCGGGGGCGGCGGCGCGGUGGGGGCGCCCGCAGCUGGCGGCGGCGCGGGCCCGGCGCUCGGCUCGCGGCGGGGGGCGGAGGUGAGGACCGGAACGAGGAGGGCGGGCGCUGCUCGCGGCGCCGGGCCGCGUUCCCCGUCCGCGGCCGCCCUGCCACCAGCCCGCGUCCCCGCCGGCGGGAGCUCGGGGAACCGGGCGGCGGCGCGGCUGUGGCGGCGGCUGGCUGGAUGCGAGACCUGCGCGGACCCGGCGGCGGACGGCGGCUCUCGACUCCGGGAAGCCGAUCGCGGAGGGGACGAGCCCGAACGCGCUGGCCAUGGCCUCCAACUUUAACGACAUAGUCAAGCAGGGAUACGUGAAAAUCCGCAGCAGGAAGCUGGGGAUUUUCAGACGAUGCUGGUUGGUUUUCAAGAAGGCUUCUAGUAAAGGACCCAGAAGGCUAGAAAAAUUUCCGGAUGAAAAGGCAGCGUAUUUCAGAAACUUCCAUAAGGUAACGGAACUGCACAACAUCAAAAAUAUAACCAGACUGCCUCGAGAGACAAAGAAGCACGCCGUGGCAAUUAUCUUUCAUGAUGAAACGUCAAAGACAUUUGCCUGUGAGUCAGAGCUGGAGGCCGAGGAGUGGUGCAAACAUCUCUGCAUGGAGUGUCUGGGGACCCGCCUCAAUGACAUCAGCCUUGGUGAGCCCGAUCUUCUGGCGGCAGGUGUACAGCGAGAACAAAAUGAGAGAUUCAAUGUGUAUCUUAUGCCUACGCCAAAUCUGGAUAUUUAUGGUGAAUGCACAAUGCAGAUCACUCAUGAGAAUAUCUAUCUCUGGGAUAUACACAAUGCCAAGGUCAAACUGGUGAUGUGGCCCCUCAGCUCCCUGAGGAGAUAUGGACGGGACUCAACGUGGUUUACCUUUGAGUCAGGAAGAAUGUGUGACACAGGAGAAGGACUAUUCACUUUUCAAACAAGGGAAGGAGAAAUGAUCUAUCAGAAGGUCCAUUCCGCGACACUGGCCAUAGCUGAGCAACAUGAAAGAUUAAUGCUAGAAAUGGAGCAGAAGGCCCGGCUUCAGACAAGCUUGACUGAGCCAAUGACGUUAUCGAAAUCGAUAUCUCUUCCUCGUAGUGCGUACUGGCAUCACAUCACUCGUCAGAACAGUGUUGGAGAAAUCUACAGCUUGCAAGGCCACGGGUUCGGUUCCUCGAAGAUGUCGCGCGCACAGACGUUCCCCAGCUACGCCUCGGAGCAGAGCGACGAGACGCAGGCUCUGUCCCGGGCGGGCAGCUACGGGUUCAGCUCCAGCUCCAGCCUCAUCCAGUGACCGCCGGAGAGCCGCCGCCGCCGGACACAGCCCGUCCGCACCCGCCGCGGGGGCCGCUGCCCCCCAGCCUCCUGGAACACCCGUCGCGGCUGAAAUGCGAGCGGGCCGGGUCUCGGCCCGGUCCCAGGGGCACGUCACAGACUGGAGUUCUGCUUCCUCGACUCUGUGGCUAAGUCUUUAUUUAUUGAAUUUCUGGGGGGUUGGGGGGGUGGGGAAUCUAUGUUUUACAAAAAUAAGACUCCAAAUCGUAGCUACAGUCAUUUAAAUGAAAUUCUUUGGUUCUGGGCACCGUGGAAAGUGGCCCACACCGGGUGGUGCCUGGGGGGGUGGGCAGGACCCCGUCCUCGUCCUCGUGGCUCAGCCCUCCCGUCCCGUGGCGGGGUCUGUCCUUAGACAUAACGUCACCCACCGCAAGCUGUGUGGCAUGGAAGGUUCGGAUGGAGACACAGCCAGCAAGGUCGACAAAUGGCAUCUUGACUCUCCAUAUAAAUAAGCCCCGGUGAAAAUGAAGGGAACCCGAGAUCUAGAACGCUCUGCUGAGCCAGGUCUUGGAGCUCUGCUGUGUGUGUGCCUGUCUGUGCGCGUGUGUGCAUCUGUAGACAGAUACGGAGACCGCCGUAUCCAUCUGUGUCUAACAAGUACACACCAGAUGUGUGCUGAGGGGGACAGGCUAUGCUCACUUACAUUGUUGAAAACUGUAAUUUGGUGCAUUAACAUUAAGAUUGUUAUGUUGAAUAGCUAUUUUUAAAAUAGUGCUGUUAAAAAAAAAAAAAGGCUUCUUAUUAGCAAAAGUAUUUACGUAGUCAAGUCUGCUCCUCUGACAAGUAUAAAUGAACAUGUGAGAAGGGGGGACGUGCUCGAAAAUGAAAACCAGAAAACCGCUCUAGCUGUCCUACGCGUUGUGUCGCCAUGCCGUCUUUCUGGUGAGUGUCCCCUUGGUGACAACGUUUGUCUCCUCGGCCAUCCCUCUGAGCUAUGUGAGGGAGAUUGGGUGUGAUCGCCCACCUGCCUCCAUUUACCCUCAAUUAAAAAAAAAACGAUUUUAAAUGGGAAACCAUUUUUUUUUUUUUUAAGAAAGAGAUGGAAAGUAUGUAUAUGAUACCCAGAAAGAAGUCAGCUGCUUUACCGUCGGGAGAACCAUGGGCACAGGAUUGUAGAUGUUAAUUAUUUAAGAUUUUAUAGAUGCCAUGCUCAAAAGCCACUGGGCACUUGUGAUUUAGUAUGUAACCAGAAUCUGCUAGGCUUUCCUUUCUUUUUAAUGGACAUGGUUGGCUGGGAUUGUAAGAAAAUGGAUCAAGUAUAAUUUUUUUCAUCUCUGACAUUCAUGACCUACCAAGUUUAAAGGGAAGCAAGUGAUUGGCUUCCACAUGAUCUAAAGAAUUUGGAUCAUUCAUUUAGGGUCAGCAAAGAUAUUUUUGUCCUUCAUUUUGAAGUUAAUUCAAGUAAAAAUAAAAAUCAUUCCGCCCAACUUACCUGGUGCCACGUGCCUAAGACGGCGAGCCCGCAAACACCGCAAGCGGAGUGUAAAGUGCAGUGAGCCCAAAUCACGGAAGAGAAAAGCCUGAUUUGUUUCUUCUUAAUAGCAAAAUUCUUUGAACUGUUGAACUUAGUCUGUUGAAGGGGUACCUGUCUUGCUGAUCUAUAAUAAGACUUUUUCUUUCUUAUCUCUAUCCGUAGCUUGAAUGCAGAUUGCACAUACAUUUCAGAGAAUUACUACUGAGUAGAAAUGGUUCUGGGUCCCUCCUACAUGUAUUUACGCUUAGAGCACCUAUCUAGCCUCUCUGAGUCUCCACGAUAAGUAUGAACACCCCAUCAAGAUGCUAAUCAUAAGAGUUCACGUGGCUAUGAAAAAUAAUUAUCUUAAGCUUUCAGGGAUUAAAAAAAAAUGAAUCAAACUCUCUGUGCUGUGAAUUUUGCUGACACAGCAGAAAAGCAGAUGCCGGUUUCCUGAUGAUGACCCAGCCUUCCCUAAGAUCCCAGCUGGCAGGGUCACAUGCCUCUGAAUCACUGAGCUCCUCGGCAUUUGCUUCCAAAAUACCCUUUGUAAACCACACCAGAGCAGCCCCCCGCUGAGACCAUCCACGCACAGCUCCUGGUGGUGCCACACUCAGAGCAAGCCUCUUGGCGGCUCACUCGGUCGAGCUCUGCUUAGAGACCACAGUUUCAACACGGGACUUGUGGGGAAAGGGCCUCAGGGGUCCUGGUUCAUGUCUCAGCUUCAUGAAUGUGCGAGAAGCACAGACAGCGAGUCCGAGGUGGGGGGAUCCUGCUAAUCAGAUGAGUCUGCUCUUGUGUCUGGCGGAAGACACGAUGCCUGCCUGAAAUUGCUUCCAGAACACCAUUUGCUUGUGAUCAUUACCUGUGAGCAUAAAUGAGGAGAUACCAAAGAUCAGGCAAAUCUUGGGCCAGGUCAUUCUGAAAAUGAGGUCGUUACAAAAGUGUGUGAGAGAAAUUUCCUUCCCAAGUCUUUCACCCAAUCUCAUCCCAACGAGGAUGAUGCUAUAAAGUCUCUCCUGGUACAUUUUUGGAGAUUUAUUCUAGCAUAUGCCUCCAUCUGUACUAAUAAUUGUAGCUCAGACAAAAUUGCUAACCGAACAGAUAGGAGAAUUGAUAUUAGCCUAAUAUACUUGACAUGAGGCGAUGUGCAUGGUAAUAAAAAUGACGAGCAAAUAAUUCUUCUACAAAAACCAAAGAAGAAAGAAAAGUCACCAUACCGUUCUCCUGGAACUUCAUAAAACCAAUCUCAUUGGAGCAAUUAGAAUAAACAUAGACACAUAGUCAACGCACUCAAGCUCAUAGGUUUUUGACUGAAGAUACCUCUACACUUGCAAGUCAUUUUUCUCCCUCAGAAAUUGUAUCAUAUCUUUCCUGCUAUUGGGAAUUCUCUGAACCAAAGACAUCCUUUGGCCUCUUCUAAAAGUGACUCACUUGGGGUUCCAACCGUAUCUAGGUAGGUGAGUCAAGAUGGUCACAGUUUCCACAUUGGGUUGGAAGAGAGCAGUGGAGAGGGACCUUGAUCCAAGUAACGAAGGCUCUUCUGAGAGCAGAGAAAGCCUGGAGGGUGUACACAGUUUUCAC